UUCAGAAUUCACUCUUUUCUCUCGCAACUCUUCUUCAAAUUACUCAAUAAUCGAAAUUUAUUUUGUAACUCAUAUAAAUUUCAACAAAAAAAAUUACAAUUUCAUUCAAUGAAAUUGUUGAGAGUCACAAAAAAGGUCAAAUGACGUGCACGGAGAAUUUCCAGGAAGCGGUGACUCGAUCUUCGAGACCCAUUGCUGAUGGCGAUUUUCGUGAAUCAUCAUUUCUCUUCGCUGCUGCUGCAGAAGAGCCGUCGGUGAAUGUUGUGCUGGACCAUUCCAUUUUUUCACCAACAGUUUUCAGUGAACCAUUAGACAGUGAGGAAGUUGCAAAGAAUGUUUAUCAUUAUUUUGAUUAUCAAUAUCAAUCAUCAAAAUGGAAAAGAACCACCAUAAGUUUAAAUGAAAAUAACAAUAAGAAUGAAUUAGGUGAUGAUCAUAAUUAUUGUUUGGGAAAAAGUGAGAAUGAUAUGCACGCUGAAGUGGAAUUUUCAUCAUCGGAGGGGGGUGAAAUAGUGGAGAUUUUGAAUUUAGACGAAAUUCAAAUUAGUGAUGAAAGAAUCAGUGAAAAAAGUGAACAUAUAAAUAAUGUCAAUGAGAGUGAAGGUUCAUCAUCUAAUUUUCAUGAAGAUGAUAAUGAAGAGAAGAAGGAACACAACGAGGCUGUUUUUGUACCAUCAGAUCCCUCUGAAUGGAAUUCGAGUCAUGUGACCUCGUGGUUAUCGUGGUGUAUUGGUGCAUUUUCCAUUGAACCCGUUCCAAUUUUAUCCGAAUUGCCAAAAUCUGGCAAAGAACUGUUAGAAUUAACACUGAGUCAUUGGGAAAAAAUUCCUGGCGGUAAAAUUCUUGCUCGACAUCUUGGUCAUCUUAGACUACAGGCGACGGGUGUGCGAAAUGAUGCUCUUCUUCAAGAGGAACAUAUUUCCGAAAGGUUCAGCCUCCUUCAACGCACGUGUUCUCUGAUUGGUUCAACUGGAGGCAGUAGUUCGGGGGCGGUCGGAGGCGGACAAGUUCAACUUUGGCAAUUCCUUCUCGAGCUACUCUCCGAUUCGUCAAACUCCUCCUGUAUUGCAUGGGAGGGCUCAAACGGUGAAUUCAAGCUCACUGAUCCUGAUGAAGUGGCACGCCGUUGGGGAGAGCGCAAGAGCAAACCCAAUAUGAAUUAUGAUAAACUUUCGAGAGCUCUCAGAUACUACUAUGAUAAAAAUAUAAUGACAAAAGUUCAUGGCAAAAGAUAUGCCUAUAAAUUUGAUUUUCACGGAUUAAUGUUGGCGUGUCAGACCCAAGCUGGUGUUACACUGGAGUCAACAGGAACACCUCGUGGAACUGGAUCGACGACAAAUUGUCAUCAAUAUCAUUCACAUCAUUUAUUCCCUAGUGGAUCAACGUCUCAACAUUCACAACCACCAUCACAUCAACCACCACCACCGCCACAUUAUUGUUGGCCUUAUCAUCGAUUUUCAUCGCCUACUUAAAAAAAAUAUGGAAUCAUUUUUGUUUUUAAAUACCCUUAAAUUUUAUAUCCAUAAUAAUGGUAAAACUUGAAAUUAAUGAUUGCAAAUAAUAUGAUUCCUUAAUAUGAUCGGUGCUAUUAGGGCUUUUAAUAAAUGUAAAAUUUUAGUUCCACUGAUGAUAAACAUAUACUUAUAAAGAACUUUUUUAUAAUAUAUAAGAAAAGAAAUUAUUGUAUAAGUCGCAUUGUAAAUAAUUUUUGUGUAAGUUUCUAAUAAAGUGUAAAAAAAAUUA